AUGGGCGCCGUCAGCGACGUCCGGAAGAGUUCCUCGACACUGGCGUCCAGGCGCGGGCACCGCAGCUGCACGACCUCGUCCACCGUCGGCGCCCGCCGCCCCACCGCCGCCGCCGCGGGCAGGGCCUCCCGCAGGGCGGCGCGCAGCUUGGAUUGCGAGACUGGGUGCCGCGCCAGCGCCUUGACGGCCCACUGGUUCGCGUUGGAGGUGGACUCGUGGCUGUCGCAGUUCGAGCUGCUACCCGAGGAGGGCGAGGCGGAGCGGUAUAGGGAUGUCUGUUUUGGGCAAUACAUUCUGCCUGAUCUCUCCAAGCAUGUUUUGAUCAGGCCGAGGAAUCGAGUGUAAGAAAAUGGG